AUGUACGGACAGUCCUACAAACAAAAGUCCGUCCUCGAAACUUACAUCGAGCGUGCCUGUGACCCUUCCCGCUUCGAACCCGACCUCGCUCUUAACUUGGAGAUCUGCGAUGUCAUCAAAGAAAAGCAGAAAAACACUCCUCGCGAGGCUGCUAUCUAUAUUGUUAGACUUGUCAACCACAAGAACAUGCACGUUGGGAUGCUGGCCUUGACGCUUUUGGAUAACUGUGUCAAGAAUUGCGGAUACCCCUUCCAUCUACAGAUUGCGACCAAGGAGUUCCUCAACGCCCUCGUCCGCAAGUUCCCAGAGCGGCCCCUAACAGUCCCAACACCAGUACAGACAAGGAUCCUGGAGAUGAUUCAGGAAUGGUACACGACACUAUGCAAGACCUCGCGAUACAAAGAGGACCUUAUUCAUAUCCGGGACAUGCAUCGGCUAUUGGCUUUCAAGGGAUACCGUUUCCCACCGGCGAGGACGACCACUACUGCUGUUUUGAACUCUGUUGAUGCUUUGAAAUCAUCCGCACAGCUUGAGGAAGAGGAUCGCGCCGCUCAGGCAGCAAAACUCCAAGAACUUAUCCGACGAGGAAGACCUGAGGACGUACGAGCAGCAAACGAGCUCGUCAAAAAGAUGACUGGAUAUGAACAAGAGGAGAAACCCGACUACGCGGAGCAAGCAUCAGCAGAGUUGGACAAGAUUCUCUCAAAGGCGACGAUGCUGAUUGAGAUGCUGAACGAAGUCAAGCCUGGAGAAAUUAUUGGACGCGGAGACAUUUUUGAGGACAUCUACGGAACGUGCAAGGCUGCUCAGCCCAAGGUGCAAAAGUUUAUCAGCGAAAACGAGGAUCCUGACAACAUGGACAAGCUGCUGGAGUUGAACGACGUGUUGAAUAAUGUCAUUGAGCAGUACAAGGAAGUCAAGGACGGGAACCUUGUCAAGGUCCCACUUCCCAGCAAUGGAGGAGACGACCAACACAACAACCAAAGCAGACAUCGGGCUCCCUCGACACCCAAGCAGAACUCGUCUCUUAUUGACCUUGUCGAUUUUGACGACUCCUCGGACGGAUCCCGUUCCAGUGCCACUACACCCAAGACUACAGGAAAUUUGAUGGACGAUUUGAUGAAUCUUAGUUUCAACGACACUCCUCCACCACCAUCUUGGGGCGCAUCAGGAAGCAUCAACCUUGGCCAGUCUCAGAACAACAACUCUACCUAUGCAACCUCGCCCACCACCCCCACCGCUGCUGGCGGUUUGAGCUACAAUGUGUUUUCGGCACCGGUGACUAGCGUCAACACUGUCUCUGUCGGCUCGACAUCUAGCACAGCAACGUCUUUCUCAACACCCCAGAAGCCAGCGCCCAAACAUGCCGCACCAGCUGUCUCACUGAUCGAUGAUUUUGAUUUCGUAUCCAACACCGGAGCCCCAGCACCCUCCGGACCUACCAAUGUGGCACUGUUGAACAGGAAUGGAUUCCAGAUUGACCUCGAAAUCGGAAAGUCCCAAGAGCCCGAUAACACAUCAGUCUACAAAAUCACCGCCUUCUUCUCCAACCAACUCAACGCGGCCCUCUCCGCAUUAACCUUCCGCGUCGCCGUCCCCAAGACACUGCAUUUGAAACUGGACCCGCAGUCUGCACAGGUUGUUGAACCGUUUAGCAAGAAAUCUGUCACGCAGGCGAUGACAAUUAGGGUCCCUGCGGAGGUAGGCGUGGUGAGGAUGAGGUAUCAUGUUUCUUAUGUCCUUUCGGGCAAGACGAUAGAGGAGCAGGGCGAGUUUAACCAGUUUCCUUAG